UUCUCCUCACACUUCUGGAAUUACUACCUCCUUUUACAUUCUCUCUCCCUAGGAAAAUCCCCCUUUUCCUUCUUCAUUUUGCCCUAAUUUUCAUUUUAGGGUUUUGAGAUCUUCAAUGGCACCUCCAAAUCCAAAAGCUCUAGCUGCAUUCAAAGCUAUGAGAGCAUUGGGUAUUCCAGCUGAGACAAUCAAACCCAAUUUGAAGAAAUUAUACAAUCUCUAUGAUAAGAAUUGGUCACUAAUUGAAGAAGACAAUUACAGAGCUUUGGCUGAUUUCAUAUUCGAAUCACAAGAAGAAGAAGCAAAAAAGGAAGAAGCAAAUGUUGAAGCUCCAUUGGUCAGUCCUGUUUCUGCAACACCACCACUGUUGAAAAGACCCAAAAUUGAGAAGCUGCAGCAUUUAGGUGGUGGUGGUGGUGGUGAUGGGUUUUUGAAUGGUGAUGCUGUAGAGCCAGAUGUUGCGCUGAUUCGUAGAAACAAAAGAGCCCAAGAUGAGCCUCGGGGACUAAAACAUAUGCCUAAUGGAGCUGAAUUUGGUUCUCAUUCAGGGAAGGGUGGACAGCUUGAAGGAGAUAAAGGGAAGUGGCUCGUUUCUCGUACAUUUGGUUCAAGGGAGGAGGGGAUAUCAGGAUCAAAAGGACCAUCUGGUGAAUGUGACAAUGCCCAGUUUAAUGUCUCUAGAUCAGUGGUCUACCCAAUUGAAUCUGCUUCAAUUAGAAAUGAAGAAAGAGCUUUGAUUGAAUACAUGUUACCCUGUAAUGCCAAAGGGAAAUAUGAAGAUAAUGGUUUGUCAGACAAACAAAGAAGGUCUGUAGCAACUGUGAAGACUCCAAAUCCAGAUCCAUCCUCAUCUGAUUUAGAAAUUGCUUCCUCAGAGCUGGGAGAUGUCAAAAUUUCCAUGUGCCUAGAUUUUGCCUCUGAAGAACCAGAUUUCCGCAUGCCAAAUCUUGAUGAAGUUCUGAAGAUGGUUGAGGACAAGUGCAUCAAGAAUUACCAGAUUACAGACCCCGGCUUUUCUUUACAGAAGCUGAUGAAUGACUUCUGCGAAACCUGUGUGGAAGCUGGAACCGAGACUGAAAAAGAUGGAGAAGGCAUUGUAAAUGGAGUACCAGCCAUCGAUUCAUUGAAGAAUUCUUCUGCUCAUCUAACAGCCAACAGCGUGCUCAUUCUUUCCGCAGAUGGUAAGGUGCAGAGUACAUGGGACAGUAGCUAAUUACAUUGAAGGUAGUUUCUUUCUUGCGUUCGGAUGUUUAUUCAGUGAAGAAAACAUGAUAGCAAAACUAAUUACUUCAGGCGACAUACUUUAGUUAUUUUAUCUUGAUAGAUACAGGGGUGGUUAAGCUUGACGGGGUAUACUAAUACUAUACAAGGGGUAUAUGAGAUAUACAAGUCCCAGAUUUCUGUACUUGGCCAAUUAGAUUUCAAGGCUUGAGACCAUUUUAUCAUUGCGUCGAUUCAGACCUGAUGGAACAAUAACAGUAACUUAACCCAAUCUCUGAUACUUGGCAGAAUAUGUGUUGUUGGGAAAUAUUGAUUGACACUGCAGCUAAUGGUGUGAUAUUUUUCUUCUUUGA